AGUUUUGGAGCGCGCUACACGUCACCAACACACCUGAGCGUCCUGCCACCAUCCACCUGUAGGAAUCAUUCAACCAGUGGCCACGGAAGAUACAGAAAUGGCUUCUCUCAGAUUCGUUGCUUUUAUCGUCUGCCACACCAUCGCACUGAACUUGAUGGUGGAGGCCUACUCUGGUGGGGCGCCAGAGGAGUCGUGUGCAGCCAUGCGACCCGGGCAUCACGUGGUGAAGGGGAAUUGGUCAUCACCCCUGCAAGAACCUUUGGGAGGGACCCCAUACUUCAGCAUCCAUGUUCUCAGUGGGACCAUCACAGCCGAGAGUCAAGUAGAAGUGAUGAUCAAAGCUGACCAGCACUACUUCCAGGGGUUCUCACUCCAGGUACGGAUGGCUGGCCAGACCAACAUCAGCGACCAAGUCCAGUAUGGAACCUUCACGGCUGAUGAUGAAACUAAAACCAUUUGUAACUCUGGUGGCCUCACCCAUAAAGUCCACAAGCAGUGGACCAACAAGACAGUCUACUGGACUGCACCAAAAAACCCCAUUGACAACUUGGAAUUCAGAGCCACAGUUGUCAAAGAAUACAAUGAAUUCUUCAUGGAUGUCAGAUCAAGUGUUGUCAAUGUUGUGGGUUCAGGUGUGGCUAUAGUUCCAUCUUUAUACUGCUGGCUGUCCUAACCAUCACUGCUAGGCUUGUCUAGCCUCAAACCAGAACAUCACAACUUGUUUUGUUAGCUUGGUGUUCAGGUAUCGGAGGAUAAACACAUGAAUCUGAUACUGCUUGUAAAUAGAGCUGUUUUUAAAUGUACAUUUGAUAAAUAUAUUUGUUGAUUCUAUGCUAAGUGGCCAUGCAUUUAAUUCUUGAAUAUUUAAUAUUUUUAAAUCUCUUCCCCUGAGAGAAUAUUUUUUAAAUUUUCGUGUGGUAACGUGUAAAAAAAAAGCAAGGGUAGGGCACCCUUAUCAAAUCUAAGUUGUAGGUGUAGAUUUCCUUUAACAUAAAACUGCAUUGGUUUUAACCGCCUCAUGAUGUAUUGUCGAAGAAAUUGUUUAUUCCUUUGUUUUAGCUAGCCCUACAUUUCUCAGAUGUAAAACACGUUAUAUUUACUUUGAAUCGUUUAAUGGAAUCAUCUUUUAUAUAAAUUAGCACCAAUUAAUUUUUAAUUUACGAUAUUUUUUUAUCCUUUAAUAUGCAUGUUUUAUGUAUAUUUUAUUUUUUAUAAUAUUAUUAGAGCGUUUCUUUAUAUUUGUCAGAAGUAAAAAUAACUAAAAAGCAAAUCUUUCUAAAAUCAGGAAACAUUUGAGCUAAAUGCUAUGACUCUUGGCAUAAUGUAUGGAUUUUAUUUCAAUUAUAUUACUGCUUUCAGGGUAGUUAUUCAUUUAAAAUAUUUGCCAAAGAGAAUAACCCAUGUCAAGAGAAUAACCCAUGUGAAAAUAUUUACUGGAAUAGUUGUAAAUCAUUGUCAAAUAAAAAGUUCUUAUGCAUA